UUAGAUUUUCUGAAUUUGAAUUAAGAGGUAAACAGUAAGUUUACGAUGGAAAUUCGAAGGUUAUAUCAGUGGUGGUGUUAAUGGCAACACAAAGUGUGUUUGUUCUGGCAAAUGUCCUCUCCAUACGCGACAAAUUCUGCUAUCCUUGUUGUACUCGGUGUCGUAAGAAAGUCCACACUCGAGAGAAUGAAAUGAUAUUCUGUUGUGAAGCAUGCAGGGAGAUGUACAGUGUAGAAAGCAUUCAAUAUCGAUACAGGAUUAGUGUGAUGGCAUCAGACAGAACACAGCUGGUGCAGGUCACAGUUUUCGGAAGCUGUCUGGACAGGUUUUUUGGGACGUCUGCAACAAGCUUUAUGAGGCUGGUGACCAGUUUAUCUGCUGUACCCUCUACCAUCCCAUGGAGUCGUGUUGUGUACCAAGCCAUGGAACAAUGCUUUGUGGGGUCUCUAUUGCACUUUGGCUUCAGGGUCUAUCCACUCUGCCGGACAGGCUCACAAAUAUCUCGCAGCUCUCCAGUUCACCUUAAGAACGUUGUUGGUAGGAUACCAAAAUCAGACAAUACCAGACACCAAGCAGGGGAACUUCCUAGCCUUUUAGCCUGUCAGGUGUUACCCUUGUCAGAGCAGAGUCCUACAGUGAUGCAAAUAUUGAAUGAGUAUUUAGAUGAGUUACAAAGAAUUACCCACACCCCAUACUCAUUAAGUCCAAUAACCUCUCAGCAAUCUUUAUUGCUGGACUCUCAGGCAAGUUGCAAAGUUCCAAGGUGCUCUUCAUCCCACAAAAGAGCAUCAUCUAUAUACUGCUCACCACAUGAGUUUGGCUCCAUGAACACACCUCUGGUUCUCACAGGCCUCUCUCAAUCUCCCUCUGGCAGUGCUCCAACACAUGACCGUGAGCUUGCAACCAACAGCAAGGAGAGAAGGAAAUUUCAGCGACCCCUGUUAGGAAAAAUUGGUUCAUCUUUAACUGCAAACGACAACAGCAACGAAAAAAGGCCGCACACUUCUGAUCAGAUACAGCCAUUUACACCAGGAAUUGUGCAAUCAUUAAAACUUAACUCAAACGGUGAUGAAGACUUAACUGAUCUCCAUCUUUCGGUGACAUGGCAGGAAUAUGAUGACUUUCCGUCAUCGGAGGAUCUGAGCGCAUUUUUAGCCGAUUUGGAAAAGGACGCUUUCAAUAGAGACGAUAGACAGCCACUGCAGGCCCUCAACUCCGGGAAACCCGAAAGUCCUUUACAAUCCUUGUAUCCAGAUGCAACGUUUGGAGAAGUUGUAAAUGAGUGUUACUUGCUUAACUCUUCACGCACAAGAGAUUACACAGAAUUCACUGAUUUUCCUUCCUCUGAGGAUUUGGAAGUAUUUUUGGCUGAUAUGGAGCUCGACCACGGAAGUAUGCUGAUACGGAAACCUUUAACACCGAAUAUAACCAUGGUAUCUACCACGCAAAGAGAUGUUAUAGUAUCGUCUAGGGCGAAUUAUUCGCCCUGGAAUGACAUCACUUACAACUCUAAAGGCUCUGAUUCGCAAUUUUUGCGAGACUGUGAGACUGUUUUCGCCGAGGUGACGGGAAAUAACAAUACUGAGAGCAUCAGAGUUGAAAGCAAAGCUGUUUGUCUUUGGCCUAAAAGUUUAAUCCCGAACGGUGGACGAGAUGAAAACCGAACCAACGCUGGAGAAAUUGGUGAAUAUGACAUCAAUUGCACCACACUCACAAGGUUUCAUUAUAAGAAUAAAGCACAAGACUGUAAUACCGUGGGCGACUCAAGAGCCAACCAAACCAACGACGAAAAGUGUACAUCUAUUGAGCAUUGUAGUUACAGUGAUAUGUCGGUGUUAAAUGAUAGUUGUGACAUUUUGUCCACCGCAUCUAUGACUCCUGAUUUAUUUACUCAGUCGCUCUGUUCCUCAGAGCGUGCAUCUGGAACCCCAGAUCUUUUCACAAGACCAAGACGGCGAAACGUCAAAUUCCAUUCUCGGUGCGCGCACCACAACAUUGCGCCUGACUCGUUUUCAUCCGAAGGAAGUUUCAGGGAUUGCACUGACUCAUGCAGUAUACACGAGCUGAAUUCCAUGUCUCUGUUCUCAAGUUCUGACAGUUCUUUUAUCUCACCUGCUUCUUCACCUUUGCGUCGCACUGGCCAAGGAGCCUCGUGUCUAAGUUCGGCUCACGGAACCGAGGCUGCCUCCCUGUCAAACCCUGGGCAAGCUGAUACUGGAAACGAGUUUGACACGGAUUCAAUGGCUACCAGUUUCCAUUCAACACCUUACACCAUUUGUAGUCACUCCAAGUUGUUAAGGAAAUCAUUGACCCCACUUCAAAUGUCUCCGUUUCCAUCCUACUCAGGAUCAAAAUCCUGUCGUGAUAACAGUUGCCAAGGAACACCAGUUCUCUUCUCGCAGAUCUCCAACGACAGUUUGUGAAAUUUACAAAUUACUCACGACUCUCCACGAUUUCAAGAGUAAAUAUGUUAGUAACACAUUUUGAUCUAGUAUGGCAAACAAAGCCAAAAUACCAAAUCAGAACCUAGAGAAAUUUUCAAUUGAGUGUCGAUAGAAUUCUGGGAAUGCAUUGGUUUUGCUUUACUUUUCUCUGUGAUUGGUCCAGAAAACUCGCGCUACUCUCUCAACCAAUCAUAUGCAAAACUAACACUGAUCACGACUUGGUCGCCCGCGUUUUCCCGCGCUUUAGACGGUUUGCUUGUUUUUCCUUUGAGUUCUAAUUGGCUCUUUUUUAAGGUAAUUUUCCCUUCUUCUGAUUAACCAUAGUAAUCACGUUGGUUGUGGUUACACGACACUCAAUCGGAAAGUGCUCUGCAGCUACAGAGAAUCGAAAGUAUAAACAAGCAAACUGGGCGAAUGGCAGUUAGUAAAGGAGACGGACCCGUAACGCUUUCUAAUUAGCUAAGAACACAAAACCAACCUAACAAUGAAACAAAAAGAAGCCUUCAAGGUUCAAAAAUCACGAUUCGUUUUGCAGUACGCAGACUUUUUCAAGGAAGGCACUGUAGGUAAGGACCAUCUGGAAUGCUUUCCUUCUGAUGUCAACUCUUUAUUUAGGAUAUUUUUCCUAUAAAACUCAAUGUGACGGCUCUGACAAUAUAGACCGAAAUGUCUUUGAACACAGCAAACUCAACUGGGGGUUUUCAAUGUCCCUGUUCUUAUGAAAAUAUUUAUCUUGAUUUAUUCGUCAAAUACAUAAAUAAAUAAUCUUGAAACCGUG